AUGAAUGGAUCCGAAAUCCAAUAUCACUCGGAGAAUCUCCCGCACGACCUUGCUCGAUUCGUUCCCAGCGGUUCUACCGCGCUGACCCCAAUGACUUCUGACCAACUACGUCGCUUGAGUAUCGCCGUGGAUGAAGUCGAAGCCUUUCUCCGGGAGCAGAGAAAUGACCACGGAUCUUCGUCGGACUGCUCUGAGUGUGGGAGAGAAGCUCUGCGAGACCACAUCCCAGGGGACGAAUUUCUACGGGCCUACCCAAUCUAUAGGCCGCGCGUUCCACUUACGCAGGCGAGCCUCGCGGAGCACAACAACGGUUUCCGCAUGUUUUACGUGCCUCAUCCUCGUGUGGACGAAUCAGCGAGUCCACCAGCACCACCAGCAUCCCCGGAGCCGACCGCGACCCCGGAACCGUCAGCAUCCCCAGCACCACUAGGCAGCGCCCAAGACGGCGACGAGGACGAUGAAUAUCCUGACUCUGUCACAAUCGCCGCAACGAGCGACAGCACAUGCUGUGACAUGUGCAGUGAGUCCUCUAUCGAAAGGAGGCGGGCGACGCAGAGGGAGCAACGCAUACAGCAACAGGAAAGGCGCCGCGAGCGUGCUGACAGGCGCCACGAGCGUGUUCAGAGGCUGAGGCGCUUGGGCGGUCUCCCCGUGGGUGGUCUUCAGUAG